AUGCAGACUCCGUACUUCCCAUUCAGCUCUCCGCAGCAUGCUGAAGUCAGACCCAACAAUGCGGAAUCCAAAUCAGGAUCCCCAAAAACGCUGCCGGUGGGUUUUGAGUCGCCCCGCUUGGGUUGGAACCCGCUCGCGGGUGGCAUCGUUAAGCCCGAUGAUCGUCUGCUCUUCGCUGCGCAGCGUGCUCUUGCACCUGGACCAAGCAAGGGAACGCUGCGUUCUGUGAAUAGCCAGGCCUAUAAGGUGCCGCAAACGGAACAGGCACGGACCGUUAGCAGCUUCCUCACGCGCAUCUACGACCCGCGCCGUGUCAAUGGGGCCGGUGAUCGCAUGGCCGCACUGCAGCUGAUGUCGUACUACAAUCAAAGCGGCGUGCGUCAGGGCGCAAUUCCCCGCUUCUUCGAUGGCAUCAUUGACAUGGACCUGAAGGCGCUGCAGGGGAUUAGUAAGGGCAAGAUUGUGGAUGAGAUGCUGCUGGUGGUCUUCAACGAUUGGGACCACGGCGUAGAUAAAUACCUUGAGAUCCUGCAGAGCCUGGUGGCAGUGCUGCAGCCAACUGAAAGCAGCCCAGCUAGUGGCAUCCCUGAUUCGUUGGCCAGGAGUUUGCAAAAGGUGAACCUCAAUGCGUCGCACGUCGCGGUUGUGCGGCGAAAUGCCUUUGCUGGUUUGCUAAAUCCAGAAAAAAAGGUUGGAGAGUCACAACACUCUAAGAAAUAUGUCUUUAUGUGGCCUCAGCGCUCGGAGUCGACGGAGCCGGCGCAAAUCAUUGCGGCCAUCCGGCAGGCCGACUUUGACACAAAUGAAUUCUUCGGCCACGACACGCUUCGUAUGGUCCUACAGUCCCCAGGCAUUUUUUUUUGCACGAACGGCAUGCAGGGCAUCCAGACGUUGCGUGGGCCCGCAACCCUGCGCCGUGUAAGUGACUUCAUCAUCACCAACUCCCGCUCAUACCUGCAGCUGCGGUCUGUGAAGGAGCUCCACACUGUACUCCGGCGCUUCGACAGGCUAGCGCUUAUUGUGUGCAAGGGUGCAGAUUACGAUGAGAAGCAGGGGACUUCGCCACUGCGUGACAUUCUGUUCGAUUCAUCGAUUGAUAUCCGCCGCAGAAUGGGUGAUGCGCUGCCUGUAUUCUUUGUGCAGGAAGAGCAGCUGGCGGAAUCCCAUAAUGCUGGAUGGGAUAAACUCCGCGUGGCAUCCCUGGAGAAGCUCCAGCCGGAAAGCCUGGAGUUUCUGGCAAAAUUUAGUAGGUGGAGGUUUCCAGCGGAUCUUAUUUCUCGCCUCAAGUUGUUGCCGGUGACGGAGGGAGUGCGGCUUACGGUGUUGGAAAGAGUGGAGCUGCUGCCGGAUGGAACAAGGGGAGGCACCCUUGAGCAUUUUUCUGCACGUGUGCUGUUGUUUCCUGCGCCCACUAGAUAUUCGGAUAAAGUGCUCUGGAGCAGAAGCUUCGGCAUGCGUCUCGUUGACUUUCUGGAGACAAGCAAUUUGGCGCAGCCUCUUCGGAGCCACGCCACGGGAUGGGACCUGCAGCAAGUUUACGAGCGCCACUUUGGGGUGACCUUCGCGGGAAUGCAGGAGCUGUUGCGCCAGAAGCCCUUUGCAGCAGCAGCAGCAACGCCGCAGAAUAAGGCGGGUGAGCGAGUGCUGGUUGUGGUUGUGCUCCCUCCCGCUCCUACUAAAGGGAAAGAAGGCUGUGAGAGGGCCGUCUUCCACGCAGCACACGCCAAUUCCAACGACAAUCGUGUGCAGUACGUGACAGUCGUCUCUGAUGAGGCGGCUGCGCUGGUGGAGGAACUCCGCUUCUCUGUGUGGCGGCAUUUCAAACAGGAGCCUCCAAGGCUGUGUGAGGUGUAUGUGUUUCACGGCAACGGCAGGGUUGCUCCGCUGGAGAUCGACGCGGAGGAACUGCAAAGCCCCAAGGAGGGUUGGAGAAGCCUGUUUCUUGAUCAGACGAAUCUGCAAGAAAAGCCCCACAGUGGUCUUCCAGUCGCUCACCCCACGCCGGAGGAGUUCCGCACCGCGUUGGUGGAGCUUCGCGCAGGAUUGCAAGCCGCAACGUUCCUUGACCCACUCGCGACACUCCGAAGCCCGAUGUACGGCACCUCCGGACAGCACGCCCCGUGGUUUCUAUGGCUUCCAGCCCACGCGACUGUACCGUAUAUCGUUCAUGUUCAGCAGCCGAAAGAGGCGAAAGAGCAACAACAAAGGGAAGGGGAGGAGGGGAAUGAGGCAUCAUUGAAGGGUGUGACACUACUGCUGCUGCAUGACAGUUCGUGUGGUAUGACAACGAACAGUCUGAAGGCAUUUCGCCUAUUGGUGGCAUGUCAGAAACAGGGAAGCUUGCCCGCGUCAGUUGGCAUGGUGGAGUACGACCUGUCGGACAGCUACCUAAUACCAGCGGCAAACGGCCAGCGUCUUCGCUCACACGGCAAUAGCUCCGACGUGGCGCGGCGUGUGGAGCUGUACGCACGUCUUGAGCCAUUCCUCCAGGACGUGCAGCGGUUACAAGCUCCUCAGUUCAUUUCUUUGAAUAGCACACAUGUGAUAAGCACGAUUGGUACCUCGCACUACUACAUGGCGGAGAAAGGGACUACAGGAGGUGCGGGGCUGUCUAACGGAUACGUGCAGAGCCUCAUCAGCCUUGUGAGUCACGUGGUGCCGAGCCUAAAUGCUGACAGCUUGAGUGCAUGUGUCCACCAAGCAGUGCGUGUGGAGAGGGAAAAACGGGCACGAUACCGUCACUCUGUGAAAAACAAGAAGAUAUGA